AUGCAACGCCUCUUCUCCGAUGGCGACGACGACCUCGUCACAGCAGACACCCUCACAACGUGGUACGUCCAUGUGCCGCUCUCCUCCGGCUACGCUCAUGACAAGGUCAUCCUUUUCGACGCCAUCUGCAGCGCCAUCCAAGCCGGCCGCUGCGAGAUCUAUUCCUCGCGUAACCUAGAGAAUAACAUUUCCGGGUUCAUGAUUGAGGUCCAGGCUCGAUUCUCCGACCUGGGGACACAUCAGCAGUACAUUGCAUCUCACCAGCCCUCUACAAACCCAUUGAAACCCAACUAUACCGAACCGAGCGGGGCAACAAGCAAAAUGGGCCUCCUCGAACUCAUCCAACACCUCCGCGGCGAAGAGCCCACAGGAUACACCUGGUACGUCCACUUCCCCCUACACGGCGACCCACUGACCCAAAGCGAAAUCCUUCAUACAGCCGUCCAGGAGCUGCGCCAAAAGAAAAUAACUCUGUGGCAAUCUCGAGGCGCAGCGCCCGACAAGGGGAUGCUGAUGAAAGUAAUUGUGGCUGAUAACAAGGCCGCAGAAGUGCUCAAGGCCGCUGGGACGGUCCUCGAGCGGCGGUUGCAGGACGCGAAGUUGUCGCUUGAGCGGAUUCUUCAGAAGGAUAAUGAUAAGAGGGCGGAUAAUUAUGUUACCAAGUUGAAGAGCGAUUUGGCUGCAUUGUCUAUGGAUGGGUAA